AUGUUAAAUGCGUCGAAAGGCUUAUUCUUGAAUACGCUGCCCUUGAAGGCUUUUAGAUCGUUUAGCACCGCCUUAUUUUGGCACCGGGACACCGCCAUCAAUAACAGGGAUGUACUAUUCGAGUUCACGCCAGAAAAUUUGAAGCGCUUGGAGGAGUUGAAAACGCACUAUCCUGUCGGCUAUCAUGCUUCUCUUAUAAUGCCCGCUCUGGACAUUGCACAACGGCAGAAUGGCUGGCUCCCGAUUUCCGCAAUGUCUAAAAUUGCGGAGUACUUAGGUGUACCUGAAAUGCGUGUUUUUGAAGUGGCCACCUUUUAUACUAUGUUUAACAGGAAUCCCGUCGGAAAAUACCACGUUCAGCUCUGUACUACUACUCCGUGCAUGUUGGGUGGUGUCGGUUCUGAUGUGAUUUUGGAAACCAUCGAGAAAACUUUAGGCAUUAAGACUGGUGAGACUACUCCUGACAAACUCUUCACCCUAAGUCAGGUUGAGUGUCUUGGGGCCUGUGUUAACGCGCCAAUGAUGCAAAUCAAUGAUGAUUACUAUGAGGACUUGACUCCUGAUGAUGUUGUUAGGAUUCUCAGCGAUCUCAAAGCUGGCAAGAAACCAAAACACGGUCCUCAGUCGGGUCAGGGUCAUCGCUGCGCUUGCGAACCGAAGGGUGGUUUUACUUCUCUCAACACGCCUCCUGUCCCUCCGGAUUUCAAAUUACAAGACGCAUUGAAGUAG